AGCAGCCAUGCAACUACCUUUUUUAUGUUUGUUUAUGCCAUAUAUUUGGGUCAUGCUGGUUUCGUUUGGUCAAACAUGGACCAAAAUAAAUGACUCCAUGUAUUCUCUCUCCGAAAAUCACGCCAUAAAGACUCUCCUCUCCGACGACUGACCGUUCCCCGACUCUCUCUCCACAUCAGUUUUGGUCCCAAAUUCAGCCUGAGAGCUGCAGCAGCGAAGAGCCGAAGAAAGCCAGCCUCGCCUUCCCCCUCUCCCCAUACUAAUCAUCAUCAAGGGCCUGCGAUUCCAAGUUGCGUUUCCUGUCUGGGGAUUCAGGGUGGAAGGAGAUGAAAUCGCCAUUGCGCAGGUUCCGGGGCUUCGCCCUUCAUCACCACCACCACCACAGGGAGAGGAAGGACCACCGCCCGCCGUCCGCCAAGCUCGACGAGCUCGUCUACGCCGCCCAGGAAAUGGAAGAUAUGAGGAACUGUUACGAUAGCUUGCUUUCAGCUGCAGCCGCAACGACAAAUAGUGUAUAUGAGUUUGCGGAAGCCAUGGGUGAAAUGGGAACUUGCUUGCUUGAAAAAGCUGCAUUGAAUUAUGAUGAUGAUGAAAGUGCGUACAAAUAUUAUAAAUACAAUCACAAAUCCAUCAGAGUCCCUUCUGAAAGAGCUACAAGUCGUAGAGGAAAUGAAAGACCAAUGUGAUCAAAAAAGAGUGGAAUAUGAAGCCAUGCGAGCAGCCUAUGGGGAGAAAGGAGGGCGAUUGAGGCACCUAAAAAAUGAAUCAUUCUCAUUGGGACAACUGCAAACUUCAUUUCUUGAGUACCAAGAGGAGGCGGCAUUGUUUAUUUUUCGCUUGAAAUCACUAAAGCAAGGUCAAUUUUUAAGUAUUUUGACACAGGCUGCUCGUCAUCAUGCUUCUCAGUUGAGUUUUUUCAGGAAAGGGCUGAAGCAUCUAGAGGCUUUGGAGCCUUGUGUCAAAGCAGUUGCUGAGAAGCAGCACAUUGACUACCACUUCAGUGGACUGGAUAAUAACAGUGAUAUUGAUGAUUACAGCUCUUACCAGGAUAAUCAUAGUGAUGGCAGUGAGUUAAGUUUUAACUAUGAGAUAAAUGACAGGGACAAGGACCUCCCCACUUUCAGAAGUCCAAUGGAUAUGGAUCAAGCUCAUCCAGUGAGUUCCCCAAGACCUCUGAAGGAACAGGAGCAGGAAAAUGCUGAAGAAAUAAAGGCGACUUUAGGAGUUCCUCAUAUGAAGCCUGAGAUUGGUACCCAAUCAGCACCAAUUUUUGCUGAGAAUGUUCCUGAUCCAUCUAUGAGAUUCCGGAAAAUGAACUUGUUAACCAGAACUGUUCACUCCUACAAACUCCCAACGCCAGCUGAUGACAAGAACCCUGCUUCAGUAAUUGCCAACAAAUCGCCUCAUUCAGAUCAACCCGAGAGUAAAUCUCACGUGGCAGUAAAUUUGUGGCAUUCCUCUCCACUGGCUAAAGAUUUUAUGCCGAAUUCCAUGCACAGUGGACCUGUUAAGAUGCCAUCAAGUAACGAAGGGGUAUCACUAGCUUAUUCCUACUCCACGACAGAUUUUAAGAAAGUGAAGAGGGAAGCUUUUUCUGGCCCAAUCCCAAGCAAGGUAGGAUUGAGCACCCCCCUGAUUUCUGCGACUGAUCGCAAACCGUCAGGGAAGCGGCCUUCCUAUGUGUUGCCAACAAGGCCUCCUGGCCCAGGUUGGCAGUCAUCUGUGCCUCCAAAAGCUACGCCCAGGGUGACCUCGCUCCCAACAACGACUCCCAGGAUAAGCGAGCUGCAUGAGCUGCCCCGGCCUCCAGCAAAUGCUGGUUUGGUUGGAUAUUCUGGCCCUCUGGUUUCAAGGCGGCCGAUGCCUACUGCUGUAUCCACCACCCGUGUCUCACCCCCAUCACAUACGGCGUCGCCACUCCCACGACCACCUGCUGCCAUGACUCGUAGCUACUCCAUACCUUCAAACAGUCAACGGACUCCUAUUAUUACCGUGAACAAAUUGUUGGAGGCUAGGCAUAGCAGGGAGAGUAGCGAAGUUUCCUCCCCCCCAGUAACACCUAUAUCACUGGCAGACGUUUCCCGCAGACCAACAACAGAAGCAGCUGUUUGACAAGAAAAGGAUAAAGGAAUCCUUGUGAGCAGUUGCGCAACUGAACAUGUUGAUAAUCUUAGGAAAUUUUGUAUGUGGUUGACUGUAUUCUAUGAUUCCCUCCAUAAUCUCUCGUGUUCCCUGCGAAAGGAAAAAAAUGUAAAUAAGGUUCCAUUAUGUUAUCGCCUUGAUAUGCUUGUCCGAACUACCUCUUGGAUAUAGUGUAAUAGUCUACAAGAGAGAGUUUAGAUAUGGACGCUGUUGAUUCAGUGGUCAUCUGAGCUAAUUUUUUGGACUCUGGUGUGUAGCUCUACCCAUAAUACUGCACUGCCCGAACUGAUAUUUGUAUUAGCGGAUAUCUACAAGUUUAAGUUAGAGGUUUGGGUA